CUCAGAGUUCAACAGCUGCACACAGUGAGGAGCAGGACUCGAACAAAUAUGAUUCACAUUCAAACAAUUCAAUAGGUCCCUAAUAACUCGGACAGUGUGUGCAGCGUUCCCUCCCCCCCCCUUCAGAGGAAAAUGCCAACUCACUCUCUGUCACCGUUUGUGGAGAGCCCAGAUGGACUUGCCCAAGAUAUUCUUUAUAGUAACGCGAGCACCCCAGGGCCCGGCUCCAGCAUGACACCACACACCACCUACUCAGAGAAGGCGGUGUUGCAAUCAGGAGGAAGUGUGCCACUAUCUUGUAUGUUCUGUGAUCACACGUUCACUCACCAGGACGAGUUAGGACCCCACGUUCUGACACAGCACCCCUCCACCUUCUCUGAGCCGGCUGUGCUCAGAGUGGAAGCAGAGUUCAGGAUCCCAGGAGAGAGACCCUGGUCCAAACUCAGCAGCAUCCCCGUGGAGGAGGAGGAGGAGGAGGUUCGCAGCUGCAUCGUGUGCGGACAGGUGUUGCAAGAUGCCAACGAGCUGGAGGCCCACAUGAGGAAGCACAAGGACUACUUCACUUACUGCUGCAACUUCUGUGGACGGAGGUUUAGAGAGCCGUGGUUUCUGAAGAACCACAUGAAGAUGCACGUGAAACCAGGAGCAAAGAGCAAGUCCCAGCAAGAUCUGGAGACCCCCGCCACGGUCAACGGUAUCGUCCAGGACACUCCUCCAGGACCUGUGAGCACUGUUUACAAAAUGUGCAUGGUGUGCGGCUUUUUCUUCCCCGACCAUGACAGUUUGGCUGAGCACAGUAAGGUACACAAUCGAGAGGUGGAACCCGGCAAAGAUAAAGACAACGAGGAAAUGGAAGACACUACUGCCAAACAGGAAACCUUUCUUCACAGUCUAAACCUCAUGCCUCGCUCUUUAGGAAAAACAGAGAGAUCAUCAAAAUGGAUUCCCCAGCUGGAUCCAUUCAACACAUAUCAGGCCUGGCAACUCGCAACAAAGGGCAAGAUAGCAGUUGGCCCGAAUAAUAUUAAAGAUAUCGGCCAGGAAGCCAGCACAGACAAUGAGGAAUGCGGCUCAGAUAAGGAGGAGUUAAAUAAUAUUUGGUCUGAGGGACAAGGAGACAAAACCACCAAAGAAGGCCUCGGGAAGGAGCUCCGACCUCAGGCUGUAGCAGAAAACCCAGCGCCGAAGCGGAGGUCUCUGAUGCAAAAAGACAAACACAAAGAAAGGCCAACCACUUGUGAGGAAUGUCAGAGGACUUUCAGGACCUACCACCAGCUGGUUCUCCACUCCCGGGUCCACAAGCGAGAGCGAGUGGGCGGAGACAGUCCCACUUCCUCUUUGGAAGGGAAGUUGUCGAGAGUAGGCUCAUUUGAGCACGCAGAAGAAGGCUGCGAGGAAGGAUUUGAGGAAGCAGCGUUGACAGAAAACCUGGGUCCAGGUGAGGAUGGUUUUGAUCGAUCAAAGGUCAGAUCAAAAGCGUGCAGUUAUUGUGGCAAAUCUUUCCGAUCAAGCUACUACCUCACGGUUCAUCUCAGGACUCACACAGGUGAAAAACCAUUCAAGUGUGCUUACUGCGACUACGCCGCGGCCCAGAAGACUUCACUGAAGUAUCACCUGGACCGCCGCCACAAGGACAAACCCUUAGUGGACAUCCCUAGCAAACCCACGCCCACUCCUAACGAUAAAAAACAUGGGAGUGAGGAAAGUCCCGCACCGAAUAGAUCCAAACUCUGGGUUCCCGCAGCCAGAUCGCUCACCAACAGAACGCCAGAGGACAGAUUUCAAAGCAUAAGCAGCAAGAUCGGCAAACCCCUCGCCCAGAUGAAUGCAGAGUAUGAGAAUUCGACCGCUACGUCUGCUUACUCCCCGACGGACAGUGCGCUCAUAAAGUGUCCCGUACCCGUGAGCCUGAAGAUGGAAAUGCAGGAGGUAAAAGACGAAAACUGCGAGGAGGACCCGUUAAAUCUGUCCUUAAAAGCGUCUCUCUCCGUCCCCGCCGGCCCCAAAAAUGCAUCGGUAACAAUCUCCUGCUCGUUGUGUGCGUACAAAACCAUGUACCCCGAGGUUCUGAUCAUGCACAAGAAGCUCACUCAUAGAGACAAGUCAGACGGCGCGAAAAAGAACGGUUGUUUGAAAGUAAAACGUUUGACAGGCUGCCCCCCUGCGCUCGAAGGGAAAGACGUCAUCCCCCUUCCGAUGAUCGACCGGCGCCACCCUCGUCGAACCCAAUCCCCCCCCCCCAACCCUCCGAAACCACCAGAAAAGACCCCCGAACCCCCAAAGCCCUCUCCUAUCCGUGCACCCGUGCAGGAGGCUGUCCAGGAGACCCAGCGCAGCAUCGACACACAUCAGGAAUAUUCCAGGUACACGGAGGUCAAGAUGAAACCAAACGCAGGCAGCAAGUUCACCAUGGAGCGCACGGCCCCCCCGGAGAGGGUGGGCAUCGGGGAGAGGAGUUACCCGGUGAGGAGCGGAGUCAUCUGGCACUCGGAUGCGGCCCGGCUCUGCCUCUCCAGCCGGUUCGGAAACCUCCCUCAAAUGGAUUUUGGCGAACCUUCGGGCAAGAGGUUAAAAUACGGCGGGGUCCCUACGGGCAGGGAGGCGGACCCCGGGGACAUGCUGGGCUACAGAGGAGCAACAGGGAACAGGAUGCUCAUCUCGGGGAGGAAGAGCAUGCCGCAAAUGCCGGGUCCGUCCACAGCCUCCGAGAGCUCUCUGAAGACGUCCGCAGCUCUAGGAGGGAGUCUGGACGCUGAGUGGGGCAUGAUGAACCUCCUGCGCUCCUACUCCCCCAACGAGCUGGCCUCCCUCUACCACAGCACCGCAGGGAACCCC